AUGGCCGACUCGGCUGAGGAGCCGUUGAUGCGACACGAGUCCGCCAACGACACUGAGUCCAGCCACGAUGUUGACUUGGGCGAAGUCUCCGCGCUGCUCGAGAAGAAUCUUCGGAAUCCCGGAAUCUUCGUCUGGCUCUUAACUUUCUCUGCUGGUAUCAGUGGACUACUGUUUGGCUAUGAUACCGGUGUCAUUUCCGCAACCCUCGUGUCGAUAAAUAGCUCUCUCGGGCAUCCUUUAACGACGCUCGACAAGUCUCUCAUUACGUCGGCCACUGCACUCUUUGCUCUGCUCGUAUCCCCGGUUUCUGGCAUCCUUGCUGAUAGGCUGGGACGGAAACGGGUUGUUUUACUGGCUGAUCUAGCGUUCGUCCUCGGAGCCAUCAUUCAAGCAGUAUCGUCCUCCGUCUUUCUUAUGAUUGUUGGCCGAUCGGUAGUUGGACUGGCUGUUGGCGCGGGAAGUUUCGCGGCACCGCUCUACAUCUCCGAGCUCUCACCUUCCCCAUUUAGAGGUCGUUUGAUGACAUUGAACGUCUUGUUCAUUACAGUUGGUCAAGUGGUCGCUUAUGUCGUGGGAUGGGCAUUUGUUCAAUGGGGAAACGAAAACACCGCUUGGAGAUGGAUCGUGGGACUUGGUGCUUUGCCUGCUGGCAUUCAGAUCCUCACUAUGGUUAUUAUGCCUGAGACGCCCAGGUGGCUUGUCAUGGUGAGCAGGAAUGACGAAGCCAGGAGCGUGCUAAACAAAGUCUUUGGGUCUGGGCCUGAGAUUCAGAAGAUGGCCGACCGCGUGUUGAAAGGUAUCGAGGAAGAGGUACGAGAAGAAGCGGAGGCCAAGAAGGGACGGCAGAGAAGUCGGACGAAGAAGGAAAGAAGUUCCUGGCUUGCAGCAUCGAAGGAUAACUGGGCUGAGCUCUUCAGAAUCCCUGGUAACAGGAGGGCUCUGACUAUCGCCUGCUUAUUGCAGGGACUACAGCAGCUCUGCGGUUUCAACUCCUUGAUGUAUUUCUCCGCUACCAUUUUCACCAUGUUAGGAUUCAAUAGCCCUACGUUGACCUCUCUCGUCGUGGCCGUGACGAACUUUGUCAUGACGUGUGCCGCCCUGGUCCUGAUUGACCGCAUCGGCAGACGACGAAUUCUGCUCUCGUCUAUUCCAGUCAUGGCGAUUGGCCUUUUUCUGUGUGCUAUUGGAUUUGUCUUCAUUGAACUGCCCGCAGAUCUCGACUCCUUCGACUUUUCAUCUUCAGCCGCCGCGCAGGAAGAUGUGCCACUAUCUAAACGUACCGCGCCUAUGCUGGUGCUCGUCAGCGUCAUGCUGUACGUUGGAGCAUACGCCCUAGGCCUUGGUAACGUUCCGUGGAUGCAGAGCGAACUCUUUCCGCUCAACGUCCGGUCACUCGGGUCAGGCAUCUCGACAAGCACGAAUUGGGGCGCAAACUUCGUCGUGGGUCUGACCUUCCUGCCGAUGAUGGUGUUUUUCACCCCUCCCUGGACCUUUGCCAUUUAUAGUCUCGUAUGCAUCGGGGGCUGGAUCGCUAUCUGGACUAUCUAUCCAGAAACGAAGGGCAUGAGUUUGGAGGAGAUGAGUGCGCUGCUGGCGGAUGGUUGGGGUGUGAAGGAGAGUCUGGGAAGAGAGUAA